CAGACCGGAAGUUGCUCUUAUUGACCCGUCUGCAGAAGAGCAAGAUGGCUAACUUGGACGUAGAGGAUUUUAUUCAACAAAACAGAGCUGUGGCGGACAAAGUGGAAACGUAUCGAGGUUACUGGGAGAGUGAGAAACACUGGGAGGCCAGGAGGGAGUUUAUCCUGCGGAACAUGAACGACUUCGAGGAUCCGCAGCUGGACCAGCUGCUGUCUCUGUCCAUGGUGUGGGCUAACAACGUCUUCCUCGGCUGUCGGUAUAGCACAGAGCUCCUUGACAAAGUGAAGGAAAUGGCUGAAGGCAUCGAGGUGGAGGACGCGCCAGUCUUCAAAACAAGAGAUGAGAUUAUGAAAAAGCAACAGGGUCGAUGACCAGCUCAUCCAGUCUGGUGAUGUCAGGUCGAGCCUGAAGAAUGCUGGGACUCAGCUGUUAUGUACAUAUACAGGCUGUGCUUGUAACUAGUCACACCACGUUUCACGUGGUUUUACAAUCUGACGGUGUUUGUUACGGAUGUGAUCAUAGUGUGAACAUUUUUUUUUUUUAUCAGAAGCAGAGAGACUGUGAUACUCAGUAUUUAACUGUGCAGACAGCAGUGAUAGUUUUGGCAGUGUGGGAGCUUCACUGCUCGUCCAUUUUUACAUUUUUGUAAUCAUCAUUUUUGGUAGUUUUUUUUAAUUAAGUCAGAUGACAGACACUGGAUCUUGUUAUGAUGUCCCCAUCUGAAGAGCAAUAAAUUACUUUCCCCUCUUAUAUGAUGUAGUUGUUUCUUUUUUUUAAGAGCGAUCAUAGUGGUUCUUUGUUUUGAGAUUUUCUGUGAGCAAACACACAAGAUAGAACAUUACUUUUCUUUUACCACCAGAAAGCUUUAACACAACACAAUUUCCAGCUGUUUUUGCUGCUUAAUGAUCAAAUUGGAACAAAGUAUACCAGCAUAUUUCCGUCAUUUUCUCAGUUUAGGGUUGUUUUGCUUCUUAGUCAAUGCCUUAUCUUCACACUGGUAGAAUUACCAAUACAGGAAGAUUUUCUCUCCUCCCAAUAAGGCACAAAAUAACCAUUUUAGACCACAAACCUUAAUCGUGACCAGAGAGGAAAUGCUAUCUGGUAACUGAUUAAGGGUUGGUUUUAACGAUAUCAGCAAGAAGCAGAACUUUUUCCUGUAAUAGUUUCCCCCAUCACAGCAGGUAGUGUGUGUUAGUACAAUACUAUGGAAAAACUUAAUUGAUAACUGACUGUGCUAAGUCAUUUUCAAACAGACAAAAGAGCAAAAAAACCUGUCUCAAACUCUGAAAAAUGUGUUUUAUUAUGUUUAUACAGCAUAUUGUUAUAAGUAUACAUUUUUGUUUAAUUCACAAAAUCUUUAUAACAUAUCCCUUCUGCUUUUAGGUAUAAUAAGUCACUAGCCACAAUAUGACCUUAACUGUCUCAGAAAAGAGGAGCUCUGUUUUAUGACUGUCUUUCGUGGAUUAUUUAGCUGGAGUUGGGCAGGGUUAACUCAUGACUUUAUACUCAAGUGGUCUUUUAAUUGUGUAUCACAUACAAUUUUUUAAAAAAAAGGAGACAAACGCAGGCGUGAAAACAACUUAAGCCUUUUGGGAAAACAGUUGAUGUCACACUGCUGAAACAGGAUUCAAACUUCCCCGCAGCAGUUUGCUCUCUCAAUCCUCUUAACUGUUUUCAUUUAGAG